CCCAAUUUCUCUCUCUGUAGGGAAAAGUGGCCCAGACAGCAUGUAUGUCUGCGUGUAAGCAUCUGUCCACGUCACUUAUGCAGAUGCUCCUCGACACAGAACUCAAGCAAAUCAGUAUGGGAGCCAUACAGCAAUUCAACUUGGAUGUCAUACAGUGUGAAUUGUUUGCCAGUUCAGAGCCAGUACCUGGCUUUCAAGGUGACACGCUCCAACUGGCCUUCAUCGACUUACGACAGCUCCUGGAUCUUUUCAUGGUGUGGGAUUGGUCGACUUACCUGGCUGACUAUGGUCAGCCAAACUCUAAGUACUUGAGAGUGAACCCAGCCACUGCACUGGCUCUGCUUGAAAAAGUCUACAGGGGAAUGAAAGACACCAACAAGAAGAACAACAUCUUCUCUCAGUUCAGGAAGAACGACAGAGACAAGCAGAAGUUGAUAGAGACUGUGGUCAAACAGCUGAGAAGUCUUGUCAAUGGCAUGUCCACCUAGAAAACACAUAAACAUGUGAUCUGUAUGUGCAAUAGCCAGAUAAUAUAAGUGAAACAUGCAUGCAUUCACAUGCACACAUUGGCCCAGUGAAAAACGCCCUAAAGAACAUUUUGACUGAUAGAGAUUGGUUCUAAUACACCACAGAACCUAUGCAGAGGAUCACAUUCAACAUUCAAACAGCUCAGAGUUUACAUCCAUUUACCAGUCGCAUGGUCAUGACUGUCAGCUGAAAGCACAGCAUUACACUGUCUGUAAAAAGCAUGCAGGGAACUCCCUGCCAGGAAACAGGAAACCAUGUCCUGUCUCUGUUGUACUUGUCAGUGGAAUUCUGCUGGGUUAUGCACACACUCCAAACUAGUUACUGGACACUUUACAGGAUUGGAGAGAAACUAUUUGUCAGUGGGUCUUUUGAGACAAACUUUUCUACAUUUUUUGAAAAGGAAUGAUUGUAGUUGUGAUCUGAGACUGGUCAGUACAGGAAGUAACAAUGUGUUGGGCCAACCUACUGAAAGGUCCAAAACUCCUGUACCAAAUCUGAAUAGGACAAGCUUUUAGAAACACCCAUCAAGAUCAUAAUGUUUAUUUUCAUUUGGUAGAUAUUUUCCUGAAUUUCAUUCUGAAGAGUAACAGACAUUGUUCAUCUGGAACGAUGAAGUCAUUUACAAUCCACUGAUUCAAUAUUUCACUGAUCCACAGAUUCAUAAAUGUAGUAACCAUGUGAAGGCAACAUUUCAGACUAGGUCUCAGUUAUAACUAAUCCUGUUAAGAUCUCUGGAUCUAUCUAUCAUUCAGUUAAUGUGAGCUUCUUUUUAAAAACUCAAAUAGCAAAUUAUGCAUUUACUCACACACAGAAAAUUAGGUUGUGUGUGCAUCUGUGUUUGUUUAUACAUGUAACAGAUGUAAAGUGAAUAAUUUAUUGAUUUUUUUAAGUUUGAGUUAUUUAUAUUAUUUGGUUUUUCAGGAUGCUCCGUGUGUGUGUGUGUGUGUGUGUGUGUGUGUGUGUGUGUGAGAGAGAGAGAGAGAGAGAGAGAGAGAGAGUACAAAAUACAAAUUUAAGAGCAGAUUAACUCAUUAUCCAAAUAUUGUUGAUACUGUUGAAUUAUGUGGCAACAAUGAAUUAUGCUGAAGUGAAUGAUGAUGUCUUGGAAGACUGAUGUUCAUAUAAAGUGUUUAGUUGUCCAGUUCAUGGUGUGUUUUUUUUUGUUGCUACAUUGUCACAUAAGACAUUUCCGUGAGGUUUGUGACGCUCCUAUAUCCACUCACUUUGUUUUGUACCCAGAAAUUUGGCUUUUUAUUAGCAUUGGUUUUAUAUCCACCGUGCUCAAAUGGAGUUUGAAACAGAGAGCACAAAUCUCUCCAAUAAACCAUGCAAUUCAAUGGAAGAAUGCAUGAACACAGAUUCGAGAUCAACUGAAGAUCCACGUAAAUCAAUAUGAAAGUGAGUCUUUCAUACAGGCUUUACUUGUGAUGUGAGCGUAAAGGUAAAUUUCUGCUAUGAGAACAUUUUUCAUGGAUUUUCUUCCCCCCAGAAUGUUUGCAUACUCCUAUCGUUUUCUGUGAGUGUUUUUUUUUUUUCCACUGUGGAAAUGAACUUCCCACACAGCAUUUGCAGGGGUGGGAGAACUUCCCACUCUUUCACUGUCUACAGAGAAUCAGAGAGACACUCCCAUUGAGGAAUCAACAGUUGGCAUUUAAAGCAAUGAAAUAAUAACUGAUGAUUCUGACACAGUGACUACACCUAUUAACUAAAACAAAAUCACUACAAAGUCCACCGAAAUCUGGAACUGGAGCUGCUUAUCUCCAGCAGGGGCUGUUUUGGUAACUUGCUCUUGAAUUCAGGUGCACAUAAUUUAAUCACACGGUAAUGUCGGUGCGCACUUUUAAGUACCUCUCCAUGUUCCUGAGUCUAGUUAUUAGGGGGUCUAGAUAGACUCACCUCACAUCCAAGUUCCUGAAUUCUCCAAUGAGGAGCUCCAGGUGGACUCUCCAGUACUCCUUCAAGACAUCUACAGGUACCUAUGCAACUCUACAGAGCACCACCAUGGGUUCCAGCAGGCCAGCCGCCAUCCUCCAGAGUUGCUGUGAGCUCCAGCAGUCUAGUCUCCAGAGUCAAGGUCCUGGUUUAGUCUGCAGUUUCAAGGUCUGGUUUCCAUCCCUCUGAGUCCAGUCCCAGGUUUUCUCUUCAUAACCUGGUAGAUUCAGGUACAUUCUGGCCAGUGCCUCUGGCACUGCAAGCCUCCAAGGUUUCUCCUUUAUUUGUGCCUUGCCUGUAUCCUGCUUUUGUAAAUUUUUAUUUAUAUUCAUUAAAUAUUUUGCACUCAU